GGUUACCCCCGUUGGAAGAGAUCAGUGAGGAAGAAGAAGAAGAAAGCAGAGAGAGAAAGUGAAGGAAGAAAAGAGAUUGUACAGAAAUAGAAAAGAUAAUAAUAAUAAUAAGGCGAUAUGGGGAGGGGAAGAGUGGAGCUGAAGAGGAUAGAGAACAAGAUAAACAGGCAAGUCACAUUCGCUAAGAGAAGAAAUGGCCUUCUCAAGAAAGCCUAUGAGCUUUCUGUUCUCUGUGAUGCAGAAGUUGCCCUCAUCGUCUUCUCCAACCGUGGCAAGCUUUAUGAGUUCUGUAGCACCUCUAGCAUGCUCAAAACACUUGAAAGAUACCAAAAGUGCAGUUAUGGCUCUGUGGAAGUGAGCAAACCAGCCAAGGAGCUUGAGACCAGUUACCGCGAGUACUUGAAGCUGAAAGCAAGACUGGAAUCUCUCCAGAGGACCCAAAGAAACCUUCUAGGAGAAGACUUGGGUCCAUUGAACUCAAAGGAACUAGAGCAGCUUGAGCGCCAGCUUGAUUCAUCUCUAAAGCAAGUGAGGUCCAUCAAGACCCAAUUCAUGCUGGACCAGCUGAGCGAUCUUCAAAAUAAGGAACAGAUUCUGGUUGAUGCAAACAGAGCUUUGACUAUGAAGCUUGAAGAAAUCACUUCAAGAAACAACUACAGGCAAUCUUGGGAAGGUGGUGAUCAAAGCAUGCAAUAUGAUUCCCAGAAUGCAAACUCUCAGGGCUUCUUCCAGCCUUUGGACUGCAAUCCCACAUUACAGAUUGGGUACAAUGCUGAGGGUUCAGAUCAGAUAGCAGCAACAACACAAGGUCAUCAAGCGAAUGGGUUUAUUCCAGGAUGGAUGCUUUGAGUGAUGAUGCCUAUGUAAGCAAUUUUGCUGGCAAUGUGCAAAUGAUGCUUCAUCAUCAUAUUCUCUAUAUAAGU